AUGGUCGAUCUCGUUAUACUCAACGGAACUUGGACAGUCCAAUAUAGAAUCGGUAAAGGCGCCUCUGGCGUGGUAUAUCGAGUUAUACACAACGAAACCCAAAAAGGAUACGCAGCGAAACGAGAGGAUAUUCACAGUAUAUGUCCUAGUUUGCAAAAUGAAGUCAAAUUGUUACUUUCGUUGCAAGCUUAUUACUUUGUCCCAAAAGUUCAUUGGUAUGGGGAACAUGACGUAUUCCGUGUAUGUGUCAUGGAUUUACUUGGACCCUCACUAAAGCAGGUUAUAAAAGUUUUUAGAACAUUACCUUUACCAAUUGUUCAAGAUCUUGCGAUACAAAUGGUCACUAUCAUGGAGUGUGUCCAUCGCGAGGGUAUUGUCUACAGAGAUGUAAAACCUGAGAAUUUUCUUUUGGAAUAUGAAUUCAAACUACCUGAAUAUUUAGACUCUGACCAAGAACAGCCACCCGACACUGAAUUACUAUAUCAGAGUAAACACACUGUAUCAAUAAUUGAUUUCGGAUCAUCUUAUAUAUAUCUAGAUCCAAAGACAAGAAAUCACGUCCCUUAUAAUAGAGACUCAUGCAAAAAAGGCACGCAUACUUUUGUCAGCCUUAAUGUUCACAAAGGGGUUUCGCAUAGCAGACGGGAUGAUCUGGAAUCGUUAGGGUAUCUCUUCAUAUAUUUGAUAAGAGGAAAACUACCAUGGACCGGAAUUAAAGGACGUACUGCAGAAGAAGUAUGGGAGAAAGUAUGUAACAAGAAAGACGAUUUUCCACUGGAGAGAUUAUGUGCAGAACUUCCAAGAGGCUAUUACGAUUUCAUUACAUAUGCUAGGACCCUAUCAUUUUCCCAAGAUCCGGAUUAUAAUUAUCUACGUCGACUGCUUGGCGAUACAAAGUCUGAAUCGGAAACAGUCAGUCCUCAAAUUCUGAAAUUUGGAGAUUCCACAAGAAAUUUCGAAGACCCAAAUGCUUGUCAAGUUAUUAAGCAAAACCAGAGGCAACAACAACAGAAAGAUUCUGAUUUAUAUGAAACAUUAUCACAAAAGCAAAGGCUUGAACUAUUUGAAUUAGAUAGUCAAAUUUAUGCAAAACCGAACGGUCUAUCGAACUCUAUUAUACAACAAUCACUUGAUCAAAUGAUACAGAAUAUGAAACCAAAUUCUAAUCCACCAACACCCAGUAAUUUUAAUCAAUCAACACACAACGACAGCCAUGACAGCAAUAGCAUAUCGUCAUCACCUAUCACCACUCAUCAUAACACAUCGUCAUCACCUGUCACCAAUCUCCAACCAACACAAAACAGCAACAACACAUCGUCAUCACCUAUCAUCAAUCGUCAACCAGCGCAAAACGCACCAAACAUAAAAGGACCAAUGUCAAAACCGAGUUCUCCAGCAUCAAGAAGAAUUACGCCUACAAAUAACCAGAUACAACAGCAGCCACACAAUAGUAACCAGCAAAAUAACUACAACAGUUCCUAUAUCCAAGAUUCGAAUUCCAAUCGUAAUAGCAAACCGUGGAAUCUUAAAGAUGCACGAUACACUCAAAUGGGGCGCAAUUCAUUGCAAUCAAAUAAUCGAUCAGGUGAUGAUAAUAUGUAUUAUAACAAAGAUGCAUCAUGGAAUCUUAAAGAUGCACGAUACACUCAAAUGGGACGCAAUUCAUUGCAAUCAAAUAAUAAUCGACCAGAUGAUGAUAAU